AUGGAUCCAAACGGACAGUGGUUUGAGGAUAACUGCCAAAUUAAAAGAGCUUUUGUUUGCUUUGAUGGGAAAAACGCUAGUAACAGUCACAUCUUCAUUGAUGACAGCAAGACUUGGAGAGAGGCUCAAGACCACUGCCGGGGUACGUACACAGACCUGGCCAGCAUACGGUCCAGAGAGGAAAACCAUCACGUCCAGAACAUGUCACUGUCCCAGAGCAUGUGGAUUGGUCUCUUUAAAGACCCAUGGAAGUGGUCAGAUGGAAGCAACUCCUCAUACCGCUUCUGGAAGACCAAUCAGCCUAACAACUUCAGAGGGGACCAGAACUACAACCUGAUAUUGAUCCGUGAGAACAUGACGUGGAACGAGGCCCUGAGCUACUGCAGAGAGCACCACGUUGACCUGGUCUCCAUCACUACAGAGCUGCUUCAGUACUGGGUGACAGAGAGGGCUGCCAACGCCACCUCAUCCCACGUCUGGGUCGGCCUGCGCUUCACCUGUUCAUUCCACUUCUGGUUCUGGAUCAGGUCUGAUGCAGGCUGCUACCAGAACUGGGCCCCCGGGCACGGCUCAGACAGCCAGCAGGACUGUGGGAUUGCAGGGGCUGUAGAGACCACCGGGAGGCAGCAAUGGGUUAGUCUGGAGGAGAACCAGAGGCUCAACUUCAUCUGCUACAAAUGUUCUGGGGACAGUGGUGAGGGGUUGAUACAUCCCUGA